AUGGUAAAACCAGCCGAAUUACCGCAUGAGCCAUUGGCUGAAUUCAAAACAGCAUUGGCAAGAAUACAAGAAUUAGCAAUCCAAAGGCAAGAGACAUUAUCGGAUAUACCAACGAUUUCCACAGAAGAUGAAUUAAGAAAAGGACUAGAGCAAUUGCCUAGGUCAAUACCACCGGAAGGCAGCGAAUAUGGUCUCAAACGUGCGAUCGAUUUCCUGUUCGAAUCCGUCUUGCCCACUCUUGCACAAGGUCAAGCAGGACCACGUUAUUUCGGUUUCAUUACUGGGGGAACAUUACCGAGUGCAUUAUUGGCCGAUAUGAUGACAACUUUAAUGGAUGCAAACGUUCAAGUUCAUUUACCAAGAGAGACGCUUUCAACCAUUAUCGAAAAAUACGCAUUGGAUAUGAUUUUGGAUGUCUUGCACAUGGAUAGAUCACAAUGGACAGGUACAUUCACAACCGGUGCAACGGCUAGCAAUACACUUGCUUUGGCUUGUGGAAGACAGGCUACUUUACAACGAGAAACUUUACCGAAAGAAGAAGAUGAAUGGGAUCCCGCAGAGGAUGGAUUGUAUGGACCAGAUUUACCGCCGAUCAAGAUCUUUGUUUGUCAACCACAUGCUAGCAUACAAAAGAGUGCGGCCAUUCUGGGGAUAGGCAGAAAGAAUGUGAUUGAUUUGGGAAUAAAGCUGGAAAUGCCAGAUACGGGUGAUGAAGAAAUCAGCGAAGAAGAAAGGGAACAAGUUGAAGCUUUGGCCAGGGCUGAAACGUUGGAUUUCGAUUUUGCUUUGUUGGAAUCCGCUUUGAGAGAAUGUCAAGCAAAUGCAGAAGGUGCAAUUGUUGUAAUGGGAAUGGGAGAAGUCGUUACCGGUGCAUUGACAGAUCAAACGUUGGCGAUCCGAUUGAUGUGUGACAAAUACGGUGCUUGGUUACAUAUGGAUGCCGCUUUUUCGGCAUUUGUUUGUUUGCAUGAAGAAUAUCAUUGGGUAUCCACUCAUAUGGGUGUUUGUGAUAGUCUAACAUCCGAUGCACACAAGACUCUCAACGUUCCGUACGAUUGCGGGAUAUUGUAUAUCAAGAAACAUAGCGCUUUCCGUGAGGGUAAUCAAUUCAUUCCUCCAGAAGAAUCAAGGACAUUUAUGGAACAUGUUUGUUAUCUUGAUGAUAUUUGUGGACCUUCGAGAAAAGAUUCAGGACCUUCUUAUUUAGCUUCGGCACCAUUGCAAGCAGCCAACGACGAAGAAAUGACUGAUGCACAAGUCUUAUCCGCAACUCUUCCUUCACCUUUGCAUCGUAAUCUGGAGAACUCUAGAAGGUUCCGUGCAUUGCCGGUAUACAUUUCCCUUUUAUCACAAGGUCAUCGUGGGGUACGUGAAAUAGUUGAACGUAAUCUCCAAUUUGCCGCUCGUAUUCGUCAAUGGCUUCGCAAAAGUCCGUAUUAUCAAGUUCUUACUCCUGCAACAUCUUCCCUCAGCAGUAAAUUUGCUCCACACAACGGUCGUUUACGUGCUGCUCCCGGUGAACGGAACCCGCCAAGAUGGGAAGAUGACUUUUGGGCAACGACGGUUGUCUUGUUCCGUCCUCAUCCUAAGACUUGUCCGAUAGAAGCUUUCCGGGAUGCGAAGGAGGGACAUUUGCAUUUCAUUGAUGCGGUCAAACAAGGCCGAAUCAUCUAUAUUUCUCCGGGAUCUUUCUGUGGAAUAGGUGCGGCUAGAUUGGCUGUCAGUAAUUGGUAUACCGGUGUCGAUGGCGAUAAUGAUUUCGAGCAGACUAUUAAAGCUUUGACUCAGGUCAUGCAGAACAAUUGAGUCGUUAUGUAAAAUAGAUAUGUUAAGAUACACUGAAUAAUAGGAUAAAU